GAUACUACUUGUAGGUUGUCUAUGAUUUUUGUCAAUUUAUAACCUCGAAUUAUUAUCACCUUUAAAAGACACUUUUUAUAAAAUAUUUUCUAAUGAGGUUAUUCUAUGCAUUGUUUAGAAGAAAACACAUGCCAAAUGGAAACAUACAUACUGGUAAACAUCGUAUUUGGAAACAGCCGACCAUAGAAGACGUAAUAAAAUUAAAAAAUGCAUUUGAAAUUGAAGAACAGAACAUGUUUUAUCUCAGACAUGCCUACUUAACACCUGAACAAUCUUCAGGCCAUGCUCGUGCUUUGGGGAAAAAUGAAGAAAACUUAAUUAAAACUAAGACAAAGCAAAAACCUUUCUAUGACAAAGUUACUGUGGAAUCACGUCUAGCACAUUUAAGAGUAAACGAAGGCUGGGAUUGAGACCAUUAAUGUGUAUUGUAUAUACGUAGUUGCUAAUAAAAAAAUAUAAACAGUAUUAAA